AUGUCAACAGCUCAGAUGAUGGAGGAGAAUUUUUAUGACAUUCCAACAGCAGACACAUUCCAGUGGCAGAGGAAAUCUCUACAGGACAUAAAUUCAGUAAAAACAGACAUAAAUUCAGUAAAAACAGAUCUGCAAACGGAGAUAAAUGACCUAAAUACACGGUUAAAUUCGGUAAAGGCCGAACUAAAGGCAGACAUAACAGCUGAUUUAAAUACCCUGUUGGGUAAUGUCCAAAGCCAAAUCAGUAGUCAGAUCACGAUCAUGAGGCUAGAAAUUGACACACAAGUAGAGUCAAAAAUAGAGGAUAUUUCAAAACGGUUAGAUGAAAAAAUCGAAGCAGCCAAGGGAGAGAUAAAUUCAAAAGUGAUAGAAUAUCAAAAACAAGCUGCGACCUUAAAAGAAGAUUAUACUGCAAUCUCUGAUGAGGUCAAAGGAGUUAAAACCGCAACGAAAGCUAAAAUUGACAUCGAGUGUGGAAUCUGUACUCUAGUAGCGAGCCAGCAACAAGUAACUGUAAAUUUGUUAAGAAGUAAGGUGAAGACAAACUUUGGGGUGCUUCAAAUAGCAGUACGGCCAUGGACUAAAAGACAACAGUACAGUCAGACAGAAGACAUGACAGAUCUUGAAAGUGUUAAUGACGAUGAGUAUAAAGACCUAAUUCCCGGUCAGAAUGAAUUAUACGGUAAAGCUAGUGAGUCCAUUGAAUUAUCCAAACAACAGAAGAAUGAGCUUUACAAUUUGUUAACAGAUUACGUUCAAGUAUUUUCUAAGAAACCUGGACUAAUAAAAGGCUUUGAAUAUCGAAUGGAUGUCCUGCCCCAUUCAACCUACUGUAGAACAAGCUAUUCCAUUCCAUAUGCGAGACGCGAAGCUGUGAAGUGCGAGAUCAAGAAAAUGUUACGCUGGAAUGUGAUAGAAGUAUCUCAUUCACCUUAUUCGAGUCCUUUAUUGUCUGUGCUAAAAUCAGAUGGUAGCGUAAGGUUAGUCCUAGAUGCAAGAUUAAUCAAUAAAAUUAUAGUACCCAUAAGAACGACACCAGAGGCUCUUGAAGAGCAUCUGCAGAAGUUUCUUGGAGAGGACAUGUCCUAG